UCAGCUCCCACGAGUCCUCAGCUCAUAUCUAAUUCAGGACUCCAGGACCUGCUCUCCGGUACUAUUUGAUCGAACUGCUCAGUUUAUUGCUCCCAAGAAGAAGGGUACAAAGAAAUAUUCGCCCAAACCAGAGUACAAAGAAAAAGCAGUUCAUCAGUUGGCUGGUUCUUCGGGGGAUUAGCGAUGGUGAAGAAGAGGACGGUGGCGACGCCCCUCUUCCCGUUCCCAAUAUUUGCCAACGAGGCGGAGCCGCAACACCACUUCAGCGACUAAGGCUUCGACCCCCAACUCCUCUGUUUCUCCCAGCAGGUCACAGUUCAGCGCCAUCAGCAGCCGGCCCCGCUAGAGCCCGCGCGGUUCAAGCUCCAGAAGCCCAUCUCCAAGAAGCGCCAACAUAGGCAGCAGCAGAGCAAGCCCAAGCAGUGCCGCCGGUGGUGGAGCUCUGCGGCCUCCGCGGCGCUCCUCUUCGUCAAAUGCCCACCCUCCGAUCCGACGGCAUGGGCCGCCAAUGCAGCCUUGUCGUCCUCGUGCAGUACAGCUACUGCGUUCGCGCCUCGGCCACUGUAAUUGGCCGACGACGACGAUGCCACGGGGUGCACGUGCUGGGCGGCGCCGCCCAUGCGGUCCGGUCACAUGGCCGGCGCCGAGGUCGGCGUUGCCUCUGCCAUUCUUCCCUGUGUCAGCCUCAGGGACGUCAAUCUCGAUUGUGGCGCCGGAGGAGUUACUCCGUCCAUGAUGCCCAUCUACCUCGUGACGUGAAGCUCUCCUGAACUGGGUUGGGUUGGGUCCUGACCACUGUUCGUGCGGUCGUGGCCGCCUUAAUUUCGCAGGUGUUUUCUUUAUUUAUUUAGCCCUCUUUUAAGAACUCGGACCACAUGUCAGUUAAUGUUUUCCACGAUCGACGAUGUCGAAGACUAGUCAGACUGUUUGCGUUUAGAUAAACAACAAAGUGCAGUUCAAGAACAUAAUACUGCUCAUGUUUUUUCUUCUUGAAACGCUUAA